AUGAGUUUUGAUGAAUAUGAGACCAUACCAUCAUCUAAUGUGACUGAUCACAUGAUGGCUGGUGCCAUUGCAGGAAUUAUGGAACAUUGUGUAAUGUACCCUCUAGAUUCUGUAAAGACUCGGCUGCAGGCAUUCAUGCCAUCUGGAAAUGUAGGGAAUCGAGGAAUUGGCACUGUCCUUUUCAAUAUGAUAAAACAUGAAGGAUAUUUAAGACCAAUGCGUGGGAUGGGGACUGUUAUUAUAGGCGCUGGCCCUGCUCAUGCUCUCUAUUUUGCAUCUUAUGAACAUUUGAAGCAAAAAAUUUCCCAUCAAACACCUUUAAAUAUGACGGUUUCCUCAGGUGUUGCUGGAUGUGUUUCAACUAUUAUACAUGAUGCAAUUAUGACUCCAACAGAUGUUGUUAAACAACGUUUGCAAAUGUCAAACUCACCAUAUAAUGGUAUUUUAAAUUGCGUUAGUUCAAUUUGGCGAACUGAAGGAUUAGGAGCAUUCUAUCGUUCGUACAUGGUACAAUUGUUCAUGAAUGCACCAUUUCAAAUAGUUCAUUUUAUGACAUAUGAGUAUUGUCAAAAUUUUUUGAAUCCAGAUAGGAUAUACAAUCCUUUAUAUCAUAUGAUAUCAGGGGGUGUUGCUGGAGGACUCGCCGCUGCCAUAACAACGCCAUUGGAUGUAUGCAAGACUCUGUUAAACACUCAAACUACAAAUGUAAGAGUUGAAGGUUUAUUCCGUGCAGUCACAACUGUUUAUACCUUGGGUGGUCCCGGAGGAUUUUUUAGAGGUAUGGUAGCUCGUGUCUUGUACCAAAUGCCAUCAACAGCCAUAUCCUGGACGACUUAUGAAUUUUUCAAAUUUGUACUAAUGAAGAAAUCAAACAUUUCUGAUGAUCGACCACCUCCUCCACCUCCUCCAAUAAGUUCAUCAUUGGUAAAUGAAAAAAUAACAAAAAAAACUAGCGUUCGAUGUGAUUUGCCUGUAGCCUCAAGAUCACGUAUAUAUAGUCAUUAUACAGUUAGAGAUGAUGGGUCUAAAGGUCAGCAAUUUUAGGUUAGUAUUGAGUUACAUGGUCUAAACUAGUAUAUUGUGGGCAGGCAUUAGUUUAUUAUGUAUACAAAUUGUUUUUAAAUUAGGCUUGUUAUUAAUUGCAUAAUAUUGCGUAUCCAGAUUAAAUUUUUAGUUUCAGGUGUUCAGUAUUAAAUUGCAUAAUGUAUAAAGAAAAAAUAGAAAUUAUGAAAGCACAAAGGAGUUAAUAAUGUUUUUAAAAACUGUGGGUUUAUGGCAAAUAUUAACAUUUAAGAGGAAUUCAUAUUUUUAAAGUUUCAUUCUUCUUAAAGUUCAAAAUGAUAUCUAUAUUCAUACUCACUUUAUAUUUUAAAUAUUGAUUACUUGGUUAGUGAGCAAAAUUAUAAUAUUAUUGUUAUUUGUAUACCUUUAAAUUUUUUCUCUGUCCCAAACUCAAUUCCUAUGAUUAAUUUAAAAAAACUGUAUGUAUGUAUAUAUAUAUACAUAUAUGCUCUUAUAUAAUAUUAACCAAACAGAUAUAUUGUAUAUAUUUAUGUUAUUUUAUUAGUGUAUAAUAUACAACAUGUAUAAAUGUAUAUAAUACUAUCUAUGUACAAUAUAUUUAUUUGGUUAAAAUGUAAAAAUAAGUAUUGACCCUUAUUUUCUAAUUCUUAUAACACUGUCAAAAUAGUUAAAAUAGUGUUUCUGUAGAAUAAAUAUACAUCUAGUAGCUUUUAUAUAUGUAUUAUAUAUGUAUAUUUAUAAAAACGCCUUACAUUUUGGACAAAAAGCGCAAGCAUAAAAGUUGUCAGCAGAGACAUUUUUAAAAUUUUGAGAGACACAAUUAUUUGAACCAUAAUUUUUCUUUCUAUUCAGUUCAAUCAUAAAUAUUUUAAGUAAUAAAAUAUUAAAAUGUAUAUAAUUUACCCAACAAUUAUGGUGUAUUUUUAGUUAUAAAAGUAAGGAAGUUAUUUAAAUUACAAUAAGUUGUAUUUUUUUGCUGUUUUGAUUUUGAUGUAUUAGUUAAGUGUUUCUGUUCAAAAGAUCACUACUAACUUCUUGUAAUCGUUGUUUUUUAUAGUCCCAAGUUCGAAGACAAUAUUUUUGUAGUCUUCUAUUGUGUUAUUUUAGUUGAUUGUAAUACUAACUACUUUCUAAGGUAUCAUUUAAAUAGUUAUUAGUUGUUUUACCGUGUUUAUAACAAUAUUAUUAGGAUCUUGUGUUUUACUAUCCAAGAAUAUAAGUUAUUACUGAUUAAAAUACUUCACUUUACAAUACAAGACAUACCCAUCUUAAAAUUUAUGGACUUGUAAUUUAACAAGUCUAUAUAUGUUUUUUAAAUAUAUAAAAACAAGUUAGGUGUAUUAAAAAUGUUAAAAUGUCUUUUUGUCUGUGAUAUGUUCAUUUAUUUUUAUUAUUAUUAUUAUUAUUAUUACUAUUAUUAUUACUUUUUGUUAUAUGAUAUGUUUUUGUUAUUAUAACGAUGUUCACUUUGGAGGAAAGUAAUAUCAUUAUGUUAACGUUUGAUACAAAUUUGAAAUAAUUUUAUUUUUAUAAAAAAAUUAAGAACGAUAAAAUGCAAUGUGUAUGGUUACAAUAACAAAUAAUAUUAUGAAUAAUAAACACUUAAAGUGUAAAUGCUAAUUAAUGAAAUUAAAUUGUUACAAUGAUUAAGUUUAUUCAAUAUUUUAUGUACAUCACAAGGUUUUUACUACCAAGUGAUUACUAUUUAUUUUGUAUAUGUACAGUACCUACUAUAUUUAAUAUUCAUAGAAAUAGUUACAGCUAAAUAGUAAAGAAAAUCAACAUUUUUUUCUUGUAAAUCUAGUAUAUGCCUCACAAAAAUGACAUUUCUGUUAACCAUUAUAUAUCAUCAUGUAAACAACUUAUUGCUCAUUUUAAGCGAAUGUUGUAAAAAAAAUAAAACAUACAGACAAUAAAAACACCAUUAUAAUUA